GUGAAGAGUCAUUCUGUCACUAAAACAUGGCUGCCCCCUUGGAGUUGUACAGUUGGAAAGGCGAUUGGGGUUUACCCUCUGUAGACGCAGACUGUUUAACUGUUCUGGCCUAUGCCAAGUUUGCCGGGGCGCCACUCAAAGUUCACAAAAUCACCAACCCCUGGAGAAGCCCCACCGGUACCCUCCCUGCACUGAAGACCGGGGAAGAAGGCAGCGUCUCACAGCCCAGUAAGAUCAUCAUUCACCUCCGGAAACAGAAGUAUAAUGCAGACUAUGACCUCUCGGCCAAGGAAGGGGCAGACACACUGGCCUUCGUCUCGCUGCUGGAAGAGAAACUACUACCUGCACUGAUCUACACCCUGUGGGUGGACGCUAAGAACUACGUGGAUGUGACGCGCCGCUGGUACGCCGAGAACAUCCCCUUCCCCCUCAACUUCCUGCUGCCCAGCCGCAUGCACAACCAGCAGAUGGAGAGACUCCGGCUGGUCAGGGGCGACCCGAUGCUGGAGCCAGGGGAGGAGCUGGAGAAAGAGCUUUACCGGGAUGCUGUGGAGUGUAUGACCCUCCUCUCACAGCGCCUGGGCUCACACAAGUUCUUCUUUGGAGAUUCGCCGUCCUCUCUGGACGCUUAUGUCUUUGGCCACCUGGCUCCUCUGCUGAAGAUCAAGCUGCCCAAUGGGAAACUCGAGCAGCACCUCUCCUCUCUGGACAACCUGCGGCAUUUCUGCACCAACAUCCUCGUCCUCUACUUCCCCACUGAAGUCAGAGAGCCCCCUACUCGCAAGAUGUCCGUGUUUCCAGAAGGUGGGGACUUUGACAACGAGCCCCACAAGAGGCGCAAUCAGAUCCUAUCUGUGCUGGUGUCCAUAGGUGCUAUGCUAGGUUACGCCAUCAUGACGGGCAUUGUCUCCAUCAAGCACAUCCGGCCACAGGGGGCGAUAGAGAGCAGCGUUGUGGUAGAGGAAGAGGAAGAGGAAGAGGAAGGUGAAGAAGACUGAGUCGCGGAACCAGGAAGGUGAAGACAAAGGGACGCCACCGUUAGAGGGGGACAGGUGUUUGUGUGACAGACUUUGGUUUGAAGGGUGGGGACUGCAGCUUUCUUCUCCCAUUCCUUUUUUUUGUUUUUGUUUUUUAAGUUAAUCUGCCAAAGAGCACCAAUAACCUCACCUAGAGUAAUCACUGGUUAAACACUAUGCCACAGGUAGAACAUGCCCUCUGUUGAUACUAAUGUUGUUAUUUUUUUAUUUCUUCAUUAUUUUGCCAAUAUGGCUUCGCUGCAAGGUUUAAACAGGGAAACACUGAUGUGAAUGUGUAUUGUACCAAGACGCUCCAAAUCCUGAAACCGUAAUGGUACUGUAUGCCUCCUUUUUCAGGGUUUUAGCUCUCUUAUUUUUUUCCAGUUCAGGUUUCAAACACAUUAACUAAUGUUUUGUCAGAUUUUUACUCAGGCAAAUAGAAUUUAUUGACUUGAUUUCAGGUCAUGAAAAAUGAAGUCAUCUUUCACAGA